CAACCUCAAACCUUUACUAGUUUGUUCAUCUCUCAUAACAGCGGAUUGGAACCGGAGAAGAACUAGAGGAACAUAAAGGAUAAGAACUUAAAGAACUAUUUUAUUUCAUCUCGAACAUAAUCGGAUCCUGUGAGGCACGCGCCGGCUUACUGACUGCAACUUGGUAUUGCACAACUCGCACAUAGAACUGUGGGAUAUCGACUGCUUCUGACAUGGAACCUGCCAGAUCGGAAACGAGUAUCCUUCCCAAUGGGAAAAGUCAUGACCUGGGAGAGGACAUGUACGUGCCGAUGAAGACCAUGAUGGAGGAAGACCGAAAUGGUACUCAAAACAAUAGAUUUGAUGAACCUGAUAGCACUCUGGCUGAGAACGUUGAGUUCCUACCCAAUGGCGAAGGCAAGAAUCCACGUUUCACUGAUUUCGAGGGGAAGACCUCUUUUGGGAUGUCAGUCUUCAAUUUGGGCAACGCUAUUAUGGGCAGUGGGAUUUUGGGACUAGCUUAUGCCAUGGCUAGCACUGGCAUUCUGCUCUUCUUAUUUCUCCUGACAGCUGUUGCUGGUCUUUCAUGCUAUUCUAUUCAUCUCCUGCUCAAGUCCUCUGGUGUUGUGGGAAUCAGAUCAUAUGAGCAGCUGGGAUACAGGGCCUUUGGAAUGCCAGGGAAAAUGGCGGCCGGAAUAGCAAUCUCUCUACAAAACAUUGGAGCCAUGUCCAGUUAUCUAUACAUCGUGAAGUCAGAGUUUCCUCUGGUGUUGCAGGCCUUUUUGAAAUCAGAUGCAAACUCUGGGGAGUGGUAUCUCAAUGGCAACUACUUGGUGGUUCUUGUCUCUCUCUGUAUAAUCCUACCCUUGGCUCUGAUGAAACAGCUUGGUUACCUUGGUUACGCUAGUGGUUUUUCACUCAGCUGCAUGGUGUUCUUCCUUAGUGCGGUCAUCUAUAAGAAGUUCCAGAUUCCGUGUCCGUUUGAGGAGUUCUCACACAAUAGCACGUUGGCACACGCAGAUUCAAACGUUACAGUCAACCAUGCACACAGUUACCAUAACGGACAUGUGAUGGACGACUCGCACUGUCACCCUCAGAUGUUCACUGUAAACUCACAGACUGCAUAUACAAUCCCCAUUCUGGCCUUCGCCUUUGUGUGCCACCCUGAAGUUCUGCCCAUCUACACGGAGCUUCGCAAUCCUACUCAGAGAAAAAUGCAGCAUGUUUCCAAUAUCUCCAUUCUGAUCAUGUUCACCAUGUACUUCCUUGCAGCCCUCUUUGGCUACCUCACAUUUUACACUAACGUUGAGCCGGAGCUUCUGCACACAUACAGCAGGAUCGACCCCUACGACAUUCUGAUCCUGUGCGUGCGAUUGGCUGUGCUCACUGCCGUCACGCUGACCGUGCCCAUUGUUCUGUUCCCAGUUCGGAGAGCCAUUCAGGAGAUGGCGUUUCCUAAUAAGGCCUUCAAUUGGAUCAGACACAUCGCCAUCGCUCUCAUCCUCCUCUGCUUAAUCAACAUGCUGGUCAUCUUCGCUCCAAACAUUCUGGGCAUCUUUGGCAUCAUCGGUGCAACAUCAGCUCCGUGCCUGAUCUUCAUCUUCCCCGCCGUCUUCUACAUCCAGAUUGUUCCGAAGGAUAAAGAGCCAAUGCGCUCUACGCCCAAAAUCUUUGCUGCCUGCUUUGCUGGACUGGGGGUGUUGUUUAUGAUAAUGAGUUUGAGCUUUAUCAUUAUUGAUUGGACAACAGGCAGCAGCAGUGCUCUGGGCGGCCACUAGGGGACAGACCCGGCUCAGUGUGCGUGCUUGUGGACAUGCCUUUGUAUGAGAGAGUUAGCUAGUGGUGUAACAUACUGGAACGUGAUAUGACUUUUUGUCUUUUUGUCUAAAAUGUGAAUGUCUAUUGUGUUAUAGAGGGUACCCUAGGUGAGGGGGACCCAAAACAACAUUUUCCACAGAUAACUGCCAUUAUUCAGAAAAGGACUUUGAUCAAUUCAGCCUUAUGUCGUUAAUUUAUAAGUACCAAGUUCACGUGUUUCGUACCAUUUUAGUACAAUUUUAAGACCUGGAGAGGUCAGUUCAAAUGUGCUAAUCAUGUACAAUUUUAGAAAUGUUUUGUAUUUAUUAAAGGGUUACUGUGUGCUCUCAUAUCCUGUAGAAAUGUGCAGUUAUGGCUCAAGUUUGCUUGAUGCCAUUUUUCUACUUACUCUCUUUUUCUGCUUUAUAAACCAUAAGGCCUAAUACCUGCCAUGAUUAACCGUAAGUACUGUAGAAAGGCGCAAUAGUUACAAAUACAUAUUAGAUUUUUUUAAUCAGAGUUUGCAGAUAUUUUGAUUAUUUCUGGGAGAAAAAUGAAGCGAGGUCGGAUACUUUUGUAUAUUGGUUACUCACUAGUAGUCUUGGGACAAUCAAGAAGCCAUGUUAUCAACUAUGUCCUGUGACUUGCAGUCUUUUUGGUCAAGCAAGUGUGCAAUUUAUCAUACUGCACAAUUUCAGUGUGCCAAAGCAAAAGGAUUUCUAUCUUUCAUAUAGUAUAUUUUCUGUUUUCCUAAAUAUGCACAGUAUAAAUAGUGAAAUGCAAGGCAUGUCUUGAUCACAUUGAGAUUUAAACAGUGAAAACAUACAGUAUUUAUUUAAAUGUAUCAAAUAUAUUUUGCAAUUCACUGGAUGUAUAUUAGGGUAUGUUACGGUAUUAACACGUACUUCCAACAAAAAGCUUUUGUUUGUGUUGCUUUAAAAAUCAUGGUGGCUUAAUGAGUGCUCAGCAUGCUUGAUGCCAUUUUCGCAGUUGCUAGAUAUACAGAAAAUGAGUCAACAUUACACCUAUAUUUUACUUAAAAUAGACAUAAUCCCACCUGUUAGAAUUCCAACAAUCAUAUUAAAGAGUUCACCCCAAAAUGAAAGUUCUCUCAUCAUGCCAGAUGUGUAUGACUUUCUCUCUUCUGCUGAACACAAAUGAAGAUUUUUAGAAGAAUAUCUCAGCAUUGUAGCGUCACACAAUGCAAGUGAACAGAGAACAAAACUUGGAAGCUCCAAAAAGCACAUAAAUGAAGCAUAAAAGUAAUCCAGUGGUUAGAUCCAUGUCUUCAAAAGCUGUAUGAUAGGUGUGGGUGUGAAACAGAUCAAUAUCAACAUCUCUAAAUUCUCCUCCCUUCCCAGUAGGUGGUGAUAUGCACGAAGAAUGCAAAUUGCCAAAAACAAAAGAAGAAGAAUGUGGAAGUGAAAGUGAAAGUGGAGAUUUAUAGUUAAAAAAAGGGACUUAAACAUUGAUCUGUUUCUCAUCCACACCUAUCCUAUCGCUUCUGAAGACGUGGAUUAAAUCUCAUCAUAUAGAUUACUUUUAUGCUGCCUUUAUGUGCUUUUUGAGCUUCAAAGUUCUGACCACCAUUCACUUGUAUUGUAUGUCCCUACAGAGCUAAGAUAUUCUUCAAAAAGCAUAAUUUGUGUUCUGCAGAAGAAAGAAAGUCAAACACAUCUGUGAUGGCAUAAGGGUGAGUAAAUGAUGUGAGAAUUGUCAUUUUCGGGUGAACUAUUACUUUAAGCAAUGUUGAAGUGAUUUAGUUAGUGAUCUGCUCUCAUGGAAAAGGUUGUAAAUGUUAUAUUUUGCAUUUGUGUAAUUUAACAUUGUUUUAGAGUAAUUUUUCAGUAUUUCUGGACCAGUUUUUGGUAUUAGCAGUUGUGGUUAGUUUUUAAAAAAACUGUUGAAAUAUUUUGAAGAACAGCAGGUUUUAGUUUAAAGGAAAGCAUUGAUGGCUACUGUCUUAUGGGGCGUUUUCAAAAAUAUAAUGUGUUCAGAUUCUGCGGAAAAAUUUACUUAAAGCCUGGAGUACCACAAGUUGCUAAUAUUAUGUGAAAGGUGUUAAUGGGCUGGUUAGGAAGUGGCAAACAGUGACAAACCGUAAACAAACAUGAGUAAUCCUGCAACAGAGGUUAACAUGCCUUUAAUGUCACCACAGUAUUCAUUUCAGCAGCAUAGCCAAAUUACACCCAGGCCCACCCAGAAUAUUUGAUUAUUCUUUGACUUCAAAUAUAUAUUUAUAAAAUUGUUUAAAAAAUUGCAUAAAUUAAGUUUGAAUGAUAACUGUUUGAAUGUGCCACUUCUCUGUUAUAAAGGAGAAAAAAAAUGUUGCUUUGUAAAGUUGUUAAUUGUUUUAAAUUUGACUCUCUAUAUUUUUUGGAAGGAGAAAAUCCAAUAGAAAAGUGCCUCUCUCAAAACCCUUUAGAUACUACUUAUUGUUUUCUUCUUCUUUUGCCAUUGGUCACCAAAGUGCUACUUAAAGUGCUCUCAAUGGAACUUAAUCUUUUAUAAUUAGAUUUGUAUUUGAUUUGAGUAUUAUUUUGUCUAGUUAUAACCUCGCUAGAUAUAUUUGCAUCAUGCAAAGUAGCUCUGGUUAAAAGAUAAAUUCAAAAGUAUUGAAUGUUGAAAAAUCUGUUUUGUGAUUCAUAUGCCAUGUACUGAAAAAUGAAAGCUAUUGAAAUUCUGUCAAGGUUAUUCAUCUCAAUGCUGCCCAUUUUAUAUAACUUUUCUCUACUGACAUUGCUAUCUUUUGUAAUUUUGAUCUGCCAUUUUUCCUUUCAAUAAGAUUAUGAAAACACCAAAUGUUACAGCCUUCAGUGAUAAGACUGCAAAAAUCUAAAUUUUGAACCAUGGGAAAACAGUUGUAUUUUAUUGUUUGGAAAACCUUAUUCUAACCAGCAAAUAACACCUAUUAAAGUGAUACAUUUGAGUUCAUAUGUUAGACUGUUUAGUGCUUCGUAUAUGAUGUAUAUAAGUGUUGCUUUUUUUGUGAUGCAUAUUUAGUUUGUAUAGUGUAAAUAGAACCACUUUGACAAUAAAAAUGUUGUUUUUAAAC